AACUAGAUUAAUCUGGUGGUUUCAUAGUGAACACUGAGAAUGCUAUGUUUACAGGGUAGAGAUCUCAGCAAAAAUUUCAUGACCAAAAUGCAGAAGUGAAACAAUUAUUUGGACCAACAACCAAGAUCAAAAAUAGUGUCUUAUCACUGUGGAAAAAAGGGACAUGUGAUUGCCGGGCACAAAGGGCAGAUAGGAAACCAUGUGGUGUGCAGGCACAAUGGCAAGAAAACAGGAAGCAGCAAUCAGGCUCCACAUAUCCUACUACAUAGCACACUAAGCAAGAAUAGGAAUGCCUACAGAGUGAUGGGGCUGACAGGAGCCAGUUUCUUCAGUGUGUUUGAGGGAGCAGAAGAGAAACUUGUGCUGACAGUCAAACAGACGUGUGACGAGCAGAAGAUGAUGGAGGGAUGUCUGACACUCGUUUUACUCUUCACUAUAUUCACUCUAACCACAUCUGAUUUGGAGACUGUUAGGUUGGUUGGAGGUAACAGUCCCUGCAGUGGUCGAGUGGAGGUUCAUCAUAAUGGUCAGUGGGGAACAGUGUGUGGUGAUAACUGGGAUCUGACUGAUGCUGAAGUGGUGUGUAGAGAGAUGAGCUGUGGAGAGGUUUUAAAUGCAGUGUAUGGGGCUUACUUUGGACAAGGAUCAGGACCAAUCUUGAUGAAUCAAGUGGCCUGUAGUGGAUCAGAGUCAACUCUGAAAGACUGUAGAUCAAGGGGAUGGGGUGUUCAUGACUGUGAUCAUCGAUAUGAUGCUGGAGUCAUUUGCUCAGAAACUAUAAACUAUGGACGAUUUACAAGACUUGCUGAUGGACCUCACCUGUGCUCUGGGAGGUUAGAGAUCCUUCAUAAUCAGACGUGGAUGUCAGUGUGUGACGCUGUCUUUGACCAGCAGGAUGCAGAGGUUGUGUGUAGAGAGCUGGACUGUGGGGCUCCUGUACAGGUGCUGGGAGCAGCUGCUUUUGGCAAAGGAGACACUCAGAUGUGGACACAAGAGAUUCAGUGUAGAGGAGAUGAAUCACACAUUCGACGCUGUCCAUCAUCAAACUCGAUUAAAACAAACUGCACCCAUGAAAAUGAUGUCGGACUGAUAUGUUCUGGUUACACUGAUCUCAGGCUGGUCAAUGGUCCUGACAUCUGUUCUGGUCGAGUUGAACGUCAGUACUUCAGUAAAUGGGGCACAGUGUGCGAUGCAUGCUGGGAUAUGAGAGCUGCCAGUGUCCUCUGUAGACAGCUGAAUUGUGGGAUUGCUGUGUCUGUUGUGGGAUCAGACUGGUUUGGAGAGGGAAGUGGUGAAAUCUGGGCUGAUGUGUUUGAUUGUGACGGGAAUGAAACAAAACUCUCAGAAUGUUCCAUCUCUUCAUGGAGUCGAGCUGAAUGUUCUCACAGACGAGAUGUUGGAGUCAUCUGCUCUGAUUCCUCUCUGGCUCUUCAUGACGGUCUGGUGCGGUUGUCUGGAGAGAGACAGUGUGAGGGGGAGGUGGAAGUUUUCAUCCAUCAGGUCUGGAGGAGAGUUCUGCUGGACUCCUGGAGUCUCUCUGAAUCCUCUGUGGUCUGCAGACAGCUGGGCUGUGGCUCUGUGCUGAAUUUCUCUGGCUCCUCUUCAUCCAGUCCUGAACACAGUCAUGAGUGUGUGACGGGCUUCCAGUGCUCUGGGAGUGAAGCUCAUCUGGGGAACUGCAGAUCUCCACGAACUCUCAGCUGCAGCUCCACACAACAGCUGUCAAUCACCUGCAUCGGUGAGAAGAACAACAUCCGGGGGUCCAUCAGGCUGGUGGGUUCUGGGGGAGACUGUGCAGGGAGGCUGGAGGUUUUUCACAGCGGCUCAUGGGGGACAGUGUGUGAUGACUCCUGGGAUAUUAAAGAUGCUUAUGUGGUGUGCAGACAGCUGCAGUGUGGAGUGGCCCUCAGUAACCAGCAGGUACCAGCCUGGUUUGGUCCUGGUUCUGGACACAUAUGGCUGGAUGAGGUGGAGUGUGAGGGGAAUGAGACGUCCCUGUGGAGCUGCUCUUCUCCAGGCUGGGGAAAACAUGACUGUCAACACAAGAAGGAUGUAGGAGUCGUAUGCUCAGAGUUUAAAGAGAUCAGGUUAACUGAGGGCUGUGAAGGGAAUCUGGAGGUUUUCUACAAUGGAUCCUGGGGUAAUGUGUGCUGGAACCAGAUGGACAGAGAUACAGCGAGUCUGAUCUGUCAAGAGCUGAACUGUGGAAGAUCUGGUGUUUUUUCUGCUUCUACAGCAAGAGUGGAAUCAGCUCCUAACUGGCUGGAUAAAGUUACAUGUCGACCACAUGAUUCAUAUCUGUGGCAGUGUCCAUCUUCACCCUGGGGACAGAAUAACUGUGAUAAUGAUGAAGUGGCCAAAAUCACCUGCUCAAAGGAGGAGAAUCAGGAGAAUCAGGAGUCUCCUCGUAGUCAUCUGACCUGUUCAAUCUCACCAUCUCCUCACCAGAAACAGUGUUCAAAUCAUGUUCCUCUCAGACUGAGUGGAGGGGACGGCCGGUGCUCUGGGAGGCUGGAGGUGUAUCAUAACGCUGUGUGGGGCUCAGUCUGUGAUGAUCAGUGGGACAUCAGCGAUGCUCAGGUGGUCUGCAGGCAGCUGGGUUGUGGAGCAGCACUGAGGGCUGAUGGAAAUUCAGUCUUUGGUGCUGGUGAAGGUGUUGUGUGGAUGAACAAAGUCGAGUGCAGAGGGAAUGAGAUUCACCUGUGGGACUGUCCUCUCUCCCUGAAUAACCACACUGACUGCUCCCGCAAAAAGCUUGUUAGACUCACCUGUGAAGGUCAUAGCCAAACAAAAAGUUACAUUGAUCUCAAGCUGGUAAACGGUCCUGACAUCUGUUCUGGUCGAGUCGAACGUCAGUACUUCAGUAAAUGGGGCACAGUGUGUGAUGCAUGCUGGGAUAUGAGAGCUGCAAGUGUUCUCUGUACACAGCUGAAUUGUGGGAUUGCUGUGUCUGUUGUGGGAUCAGACUGGUUUGGAGAAGGAAGUGGUGAAAUCUGGGCUGAUGUGUUUGAUUGUGACGGGAAUGAAACAAAACUCUCAGAAUGUUCCAUCUCUUCAUGGAGUCGAGCUGAAUGUUCUCACAGACGAGAUGUUGGAGUCAUCUGCUCUAAUUCCUCUCUGGCUCUUCAUGAGGGUCUGGUGCGGUUGUCUGGAGAGAGACAGUGUGAGGGGGAGGUGGAAGUUUUCAUCCAUCAGGUCUGGAGGAGAGUUCUGCUGGACUCCUGGAGUCUCUCUGAAUCCUCUGUGGUAUGCAGACAGCUGGGCUGUGGCUCUGUGCUGAACUUCUACAGCUCCUCUUCAUCCAGUCCUGAACACAGUCAUGAGUGUGUGAUGGGCUUCCAGUGCUCUGGGAGUGAAGCUCAUCUGGGGAACUGCAGAUCUCCACAAACUCUCAACUGCAGCUCCACACAACAGCUGUCAAUCACCUGCCUUGGUCGGGGGUCCAUCAGGCUGGUGGGUUCUGGGGGAGACUGUGCAGGGAGGCUGGAGGUUUUUCACAAUGGCUCAUGGGGGACAGUGUGUGAUGACUCCUGGGAUAUUAAAGAUGCUCAUGUGGUGUGCAGACAGCUGCAGUGUGGAGUGGCCCUCAGUAACCAGCAGGUACCAGCCUGGUUUGGUCCUGGUUCUGGACACAUAUGGCUGGAUGAGGUGGAGUGUGAGGGGAAUGAGACGUCCCUGUGGAGUUGCUCUUCUCCAGGCUGGGGAAAACAUGACUGUCAACACAAGGAGGAUGUAGGAGUCGUGUGCUCAGAGUUUAAAGAGAUCAGGCUAACUGAGGGCUGUGAAGGGAAUCUGGAGGUUUUCUACAAUGGAUCCUGGGGUAAUGUGUGCUGGAACCACAUGGACAGAGACACAGCGAGUCUGAUUUGUCAAGAGCUAAACUGUGGAAGAUCUGGUGUUUUUUCUGCUUCUACAGCAAGAGUGGAAUCAGCUCCUAACUGGCUGGAUAAAGUUACAUGUCGACCACAUGAUUCAUAUCUGUGGCAGUGUCCAUCUUCACCGUGGGGACAGAAUGACUGUGGUGAAGAUGAAGUGGCAAAAUUAACCUGCUCAGAGGAGGAAACUCGUGAGUCGCCUCAGAGUCAUAUGACAUGUUUUACCUCACCAUCUCCUUACCAGAGACAGUGUGCAAAUCAUGUUCCUCUCAGACUUCGUGGAGGGGACGGCCGGUGCUCUGGGAGGCUGGAGGUGUAUCAUAACGCUGUGUGGGGCUCAGUCUGUGAUGAUCAGUGGGACAUCAGCGAUGCUCAGGUGGUCUGCAGGCAGCUGGGUUGUGGAGCAGCACUGAGGGCUGAUGGGAAUUCAGUCUUUGGUGCUGGUGAAGGUGUUGUGUGGAUGAACAAAGUCGAGUGCAGAGGGAAUGAGAUUCACCUGUGGGACUGUCCUCUCUCCCUGAAUAACCACACGGACUGCUCCCACAAAGAGCACGCUGGACUCACUUGUGCAGAUGUGUCAGUGUCCACUACUCCUGCCACAACAUCAUCAGCUUCUCCUCCAGUUUCUCCUUCAGUGCACUCAACAUCAGUCUCUCCUCCACAAACUCCUCCACCAGAGUCUCUCCCAGUGCUUGUGAUUGUUCUGGGAGUUGUGCUCUUACUGCUCUUAGUGCCACUGCUUAUACUGAUUCAGCAGAACAGAGUGAUGAGGAGAGCUCUCUCUAAGAGGAGACACAGGACGAUGUCUGAGGCCGUUUAUGAGGAGAUUCAGCACAGACACAAUCACUUCACUCAGAGGGGGAGUCUCAUCUCUGAAGAACUGCAUUCUGGGUAUGAAGAUGCUGAUGAGUUUCUCUCAGCAAAAGAAUUUAAGACUGCAUAUUAUGAUGAUAUCACCAGCAACAGUGGCCUAAAUGAAGAGAUGAAGGAAAUCACUCUGGGAUACUAUGAUGAUGUCAUCACUGAUGGACUGAAACCAGAUCGUGAGACAGAGGAAACACCGGAGAGCUAUGAUGAUUUCAUGACGAGCGGCCGCAGCACUAAUAUCAAAAAAGUGGACACACCUGAGAAUUAUGAUGAUGUCAUCAUUAAUAGACUGAGCUCUCAAGAGGUAACAGAGAGAGUUCAGGAGGAGUAUGAUGAUGUGAUGUGAUGUGUCAGUGAAGAUGUGAAAAACCUGUUGGAGUAUGAUAAUGUGAAGGAGGAGUCAAACAAAGAAGUAGGACAUUUGGCUCAGUGAUCAUCCAUUGCCUCGGUUCAACAAAUCUGAACAAAGUUUGAGUGAUAUUGUUACUGAUGUUAAAUCAAGUUUUUAUAUUUUCCCCCAUUUUUGUAUCAACUUUUAAAAUUUUGUCUUUUGUGGAAAUUUUUUGGGCCUUUUAAUAUCAAUAAAAAACAUUUCAGACAAA